AGUGUCCCCCCGUCCCCACCACAUGUUCGACGAUAUUCCUCAGUGAAAAGCAAUAACGCCCUUUAACCGCCAUUUUCAGCUGCCGAGCCAAGGAGAUGUGGAGGCGCGUUGCUUCGCUUUCCUCGUUGAUCUUCUCCUCUAGACAGCCUCUCCGUGGCCAGGUACUUCCGUUCCUAUGCGACGACGCUUUUUAGUUUUUUUGAUCUUUCGCGUCGCCGGUCGGGCCACUUUGUUCGAUCUUUCAGCCCCCCGCAUGGUGGCUUCAAUCUCACGAUCCCGAAUUGGAAAUGAUAGUUCGCAUGCGCGUACGUACCUGCUCCGACGAUGAUUAUCGUCCCAUCUGAAGUGCGUGUUGCGUUGCGUUUUUUUCUUUCUUUUCGCGCCAAUUUGACUCGGAUUUUGUCACGACGGAGCUUUGGGCGUCGCUCGGCACACGCUUGAUCUUAAUCCGCAAGCCUAACGUUUGACAAUCGCACUGGUGGAUUACGGAAAUACGUUUUGCUAGAAAGCCUGUGAACUUGAGGAAUACGGAGUUUCUGGAAUGAAUUUGGGUGAUACGAACGGUAGGCACGCUCUUGUUUCUAGUGUAUUAGCGAGGAUUUGAUGUGAUCCGUGUUUGUAGCAGCAGCAGCAAGCAGCUGAUAGCUUGAGAUAUGCCCGGGCUUCUGGAAUUUGGGGGCAUAAGCUUUUUCACUUUGUAUGCUCACUUUGUUGUUCUCUUGGAAUAUGGAUUCUCCAUGUGAUUUUUUCUUUUUGGACUUGCCUUUGGCUACCUUUAAGCAGGGAGCAUAUUCAUUGAAGGCCCGGGAAUUUUUCUGUGCGGAGCCCUUCAAGGGGGAAGGUUGUCCGUCAAAAGAGAAAAAUCUAUUUAUAACCUUUGUCCUAGGUGGCCCUGGAAGUGGAAAGGGCACUCAAUGUGCAAAAAUCGUCGAGAACUUUGGAUAUACACAUCUAAGUGCUGGAGAAUUGUUAAGACAGGAGAUUGCUUCAAACAGUGAAGAUGGGGCCAUGAUUCUUGACACGAUUAAAGAAGGAAAAAUCGUUCCUUCAGAAGUGACAGUGAAAUUAAUUCAGAAAGAGAUGGAAUCUUGUGAUAAUGGUAAGUUUCUCAUCGAUGGCUUCCCACGGAAUGAGGAGAACCGCAUAGCUUUUGAACAGAUUAUUGGAGCUGAACCAAACAUUGUUCUUUUCUUUGAUUGUCCUGAAGAAGAGAUGAUAGAGCGGGUUUUGAACCGUAAUGAGGGCCGAGUGGAUGAUAAUAUUGAUACAAUUAGGAAACGCCUUAAAGUGUUUGCGGCUUCACAUCAUCCUGUAAUCGAGUAUUACUUGAAGAAAGGAAAGUUAUACAAGAUUGAUGCUAUUGGAACGGAAGAUGAGAUUUUUGAACGAGUUCGACCUGUGUUUGCUGCAUGUGAGGGAGCACAAUGAAGCUUUGUCUGUGCUGUUUGCAAAGUUCCCAGCGGAGAUCUCAGAUUCUAAUUUUUGGUUGAUAAAGAGGCAGCUUUUGCCUCCAAGGGAGAUUCUUCUUUCCUUGAAACUUCUUUCCACCGCAUUUGUCACAAUGGUUGUAUAUAGCCCUUGUUUAGACAAACUGCAUAACGCUUGCAAGGUGUUUACCUUUGAAACCGGGUUAAAGAACAGUUGCCGGAACCAUCCGGUAGUCUAUGCAAGAUGAAUCGAGAUACACACCUUUGCUACCAA